AAAUAUUCAACUGCACUUCAUAAAUCUCUACUUAAUCAGUUAAAUAAUUCUACUUUUUGACAAGUCCGAUGAAGCAGAGAACGGAAUUUUUCAACCAAUUCCGCGCAAUUGGCUGCCCUAUUUGUAACGAACGAAAAAAAACGAGAUGAUCUAUGAUAAAAAAAAUCAUUAAGCCUCAGGUAUUCAAAGAUAUGAUUUAAAAAUAUAAGCUGUUGCACAAAGAUCUUUUAAAGGAUGGGAAUUUAAGAUUAAGCAAUCAUCAACAGAUUAAAAAAAUAGUACUGCGCGGCCAGAUAAAACAGUACGCGUGUGUACAUGAAUAGGGUAUAAGAAUACUCAUUAAUCUCGUUUUCCCUACCCAAACAGCAAAAUUAGUACAUCACAUCAAAGAUGGUUACUAUGAGUUCAUCAUCAUCAAAAUCAAUGAAUAAUCAACAGAUAGAUCCUGAAUACCAAUAUGAUCCAACAUAUGUGGAAAAAGAUCAAGAACAAAUCUUGUUGGAAAAAUUAGGUUAUAAACAAGAAUUGAAAAGAUCAUAUUCUAUUUGGUCAUUAUGUGCUUUUUCAAUUGUUACAUUAACACCAGCUUCUGCAAUUAUGAACACUUUAGGUACUCCUUUAGCUACAGGUGGUCCACAAGCUUUAGUUUGGGGUUAUAUUAUCGUUAGUAUUUUCACAAUGAUUGUUGCAAUUUCAAUGGCUGAAAUAGCUGCAAGUUAUCCAGUUUCUGGUGGUCCAUUAUCUUGGGCUUAUCAACUAGGUAAAACUGAAAAAGUUAAAUUUUUGGCAAGUUGGUAUACUGGUUAUUUUAACAUUUUUUCACAAAUUGCAUUUGCUGCAAGUGCAAGUUUCCAAGGUACAACUACAAUUUUAGCAACUGCUGAAUAUAGACAGGAUGCUAAAUUUAUCUUUACAAAAUAUGUUAACGAAAGUGGGUUCCAAUCUCAUGGUUAUGUUUUCAUUUUGGGUUUACUACAAAGUGCUUAUACUUUUACAGGUUAUGAUUCAUGUACACAUUUAGCUGAAGAGGCAGAUUCUGGUAAAAAUAAAAACAUUGUUGCAAAAGCUUUAGUUGUUGUUGUUGCCACUUGUAUUCUUUACGGUUUCAUCUUUGUUAUUGUUAUUUGUUCAGUUUUGGAUGAUAUUCCUUCAUUGAUUAAUUCUGCAACAGGUUCAGCUUUUAUUCAAUUAGUUUAUAAUUGUACCAAAAACACAUCUGCAACUGUCUUACUAGCUCUAUUCCCAACUUUAGCAGCAUUGUUUGCAGCAGAAACAAUGACAUUAGCAAAUUCAAGAACAAUUUAUUCAUUUGCUCGUGAUGGUGCUUUUAUCUUCCCAACUUUUUUCGCAAAAGUUUCUCCAGUUUAUAAUGUUCCAAUCCCUGCAUUAUUAUUUUCAAUGGUUAUUCAAAUCAUCAUUGUCAUUUUAUAUUUUUCUUCAAAUGUUGUUUUCAAUACCAUUAUUUCAUUAACUACGAUUGGUCAUGAAUUAGCUUAUAUCAUUCCAAUUAUCUUGAUGUUAUUUGGUGGGAGAUCAAGAAUGGAUCCAGAUAGACCUUGGAAUUUAGGUACUUAUGGUGUUGUUUGUAAUAUCAUAUCCAUUUUAUGGCUAGCUUUCAUUUCAAUUACAAUGUUGUUCCCAACAAUAUCACCUGUUAAAGCUGGUAAUAUGAAUUAUACAGUUGUUAUCAUUUUUAUAGUUAUUGCUUAUGCAACAAUUUGUUGGUUUGUUCAAGGUAAGAAAACAUAUAAAGGACCAGGUGAAGUUGUUGAUGGUUCAGUUAAUGUUGUUGAAUUGGAGGCCAUUAAUGAUGAUCAUCCACUUGAUAAAGUUGAUGUUGGAAUUUCUGCAAAGGAAAGAAAGCAAUGA